AUCCAUUCUCAUCGGCCUUGCAUUUUAUUUAAUUUCCCUGAAGCUACUCUAUCUCGCUCUUCUCACUCUCUCGCUCAGCAUCCUCAAAAUGGAGCUGUGUACUACCCAAUCCCUCUCUAAUCUUCCCAAAAUUUUCACCGCAAACCCUACUCUCCUCCUCUCCAAAACCCCCCUAACUCUCCGGCAACCACAAAUCCUUCUUUCCGGCCGCCGCCAUUCCCUAUUUCUCUCAUUACCAAGAGCAACGACACCUGAGGAAUCUUCGAGCCGAGCAAGUCUUUUUGCCACCGAAGAACGAGACAGUGCAGUGGUAGUAGAAGUUGACCCUCCAAGCGAAAAGAAAGUGUACAAUGAGAGCAGCGCAACUGAAGCGCCUCUGGACGAAUCUCCUGUAGAUGAACAAGUAAAUGAUUUUUUGGCAAAUAUUAAGUUAGACUCUGAAGAUACCUAUUCUAUUCUGUUGUAUGGUGGUGGUGCGCUUGUUGCUCUGUGGUUAGCAUUAUCUGUUGUUAGUGCCAUCGAUUCUAUUCCAUUGUUUCCUAAGUUGAUGGAAGUUGUGGGUCUUGGUUACACCAUCUGGUUCACUACCCGCUAUUUGCUAUUUAAGAAAAGUAGGGAUGAGUUGGCUGCUAAAGUUGAAGAGCUUAAGCAAGAUGUCCUUGGAUCCAGCGACGAUUGAUGCGCAGGAUAUACAUACUUUUUAGCAUAAUUUAGUUUUGCUAUUCAAAUAGUUAAAUAGGCUUUCUUGUCAAUAUCUGGUUUUUAUAUGCUAUUCUAUACUUGGUGUUGCUGCAUCGUUGCCUCGAUGGGCCUCAUGCGUAAGGGUGCACAAUAUUUAUAUGGUCUUGAAAAGAAGGCAGUGCAAGUAGGAAAUGGAACUUGAUUAUGAUAGGAAUGGCCUUGGAAAGCAGAACAUAUGCAGUGCUUCUAAUUUUAUUUGCCAAUAUUGAAAAAUUUUAAAAGGA